UGGAGAAACAUCCCCCCUCUCCCCCCCCGUCCCGAUCCGUCCGUGGAGAGCAUCCCUGCGAGUUCUCGGUUCGCUCUUCCGACGGAUUGGACACCGGGGAAUUUACCCUUGGGCUGCGUGCGGGAGAAGCGCCGGUGCGAGAGACCGUCCCGGUGCUCGUCCCCAUCGAGGAGGGAGCCGCGUGGUGAGACCGGUUGGGAAACGCUUUCGGUUUUGUAGUUGAACGGCCGCACACUGAUCCAGGAAACGUCGGUGGAGAUCACUUCCUGGUACGACAGCAGCUGAAUGUGCAUCAAACUUGAAGAAGAUUUAUACAGUUCAAACAGUGCAGGAUUUUUGGAGUGUCUACAACAACAUUCCCCCUGUGACAAAUUUGCCUCUGAGAUGUAGUUACCAUUUAAUGCGGGGAGAAAGACGCCCACUCUGGGAAGAAGAAAGCAAUGCCAAAGGAGGUAUAUGGAAAAUGAAGGUCCCCAAAGAAAGUACGGCUGCAGUUUGGAAAGAGCUACUGCUGGCAACUAUUGGAGAGCAGUUUACAGAUUGUUGUGCAGCAGAAGAUGACGUAAUAGGGGUUAGUGUCAGUGUUCGGGACCGUGAAGAUGUUGUGCAAGUCUGGAACGUGAAUGCCUCUUCAGCAAGUGAAGCAAAAGUCCUAGAAAAGAUUCAUGAACUUCUGCCACACACAUCUUUUAAAGCAGUCUUCUAUAAACCCCACAGAGAGCAUCAUGCUUUCGAAGGCUGACAUGGAAAGCAUUAAGUGCAGUGUGUGCCAGGCUCGUUUGCUGUUCUUUGGUGUUUUGAGGUGGUCUGGACCAGGAGGAGGAUGGUGGAAGCCCUGCAGAAGCACUGCAGGCAGUUGGUCCUUCUGAGUUUCUGACACUUCAAACUGGGCUGUUGCUGUUGAAAAUGAAGAAAAGCAGUUGCCUUGACCGCUAACCGCGCAGUUCAUUACUCCAUGCUGAGUUGGCGCUUUUAAUUCUUCAUUGUUUCUUUAAGAAGAUAUUUUGGCCACUUGUUUUUUUCAACCUGAUUCUAUAUUCCCAUUUCAUUGAGAUAGCAGGCUUGCUUUCCUUCUGUACUGUGCUUAGUGAAGAGCAAACGUGCACAGAGAUGCUGCACUCUGAGAUGUGCUUUACAUAGAGGAAUGCUGGCUCGAGGAAAUGUGUUUUCAAUUUUCACUUUGAGACAUUCCUAUCAUGUUAAGAAUUACCCACUGAUUUUGUCCCGAGAGAGAAAGAAAUUGCACUGCUUUUAUUCUAAUAUUCUAAUAUUCAGUGUAAUCUGGUUGUGCUCUGACAACAGCACACAUACUGUAAAUGUAAAUAGAAAAGGGUUCAAUAAAUUAUAUGCAUUAUAUUGGGACUAACCCUCUGUGGGAUGAUCUUAAUAUCUUUUAAUAUCUUUUGUACUGAUUUCAGAAGAACUCUUGUUCAGGCUAGAAUGAGAAAUUUUUUGGUAGAAAAACCUGCAAACUCCACCCCAUCUUAUUUAAGAAGUGAUGGGGUGUUUAUGUUUUUAUAUUGUGUGCUUUCUUGUGGUACAUUUCUGUACUUCCAUGAAAAAGUGUAGUGAAUAAUUUCUAAUGUGUUUUACAAACUGGAUCCAUCCCUCCCACUUCCAGGAGUACUUCAGGCCCACGUCUGCACCCACUAGGUCAGUGUCAGAAUUGCUGCUGACUUCAGUGCUAAGGAAGAGGCUCCAUCGUCCGUAGUUUCAAGCCAUCAAGACUUCCUAAGUGACCUUUAUAAAACAAACAAAAAAUACCGAAAAGAAAUAGAUUCUGUGUUGCAGCAAGAAUAGGAAUGUAAACAGCGUUAACCUUUAAAUGUUUGUCUACAUUAACUAUUUGAGGUGCCUUAAUAGACUCCCAAAGAUUGAUUUAGUUCCUUUUACAAGAAAAUGCAAGGUAGAGAUGAACAUACUCUCCACUGAGCACUCCUUCCUCGUUUAGAGGUUUUUGUUUGGCAGCUGCUCAAGUUGCACUGAUUUCCAUAUACUAAGGAGACAACCAUAAAAAUCAAAUAAAUUUAAAAAUAAGUGUCA